UCGAUCCGUCUCCGCUCGGCGCUAAGUGGCAAGAACAUGUCUUCCUUCAUUUGUUUCUGUGUGUUUUCUUGUUGCCCUUCGUUGCGACCGUGCUCUUCCAUUUUCUCGGAGUUUUUUAUUGCCUUCUUUGAGGAUGUGUUGUGCAUGCUUACAUUGUUUUAUUGGUUGGUCGCUUUUCCUUCUAUGCAUGGACGUUGUCUCGCGUAUGAUUGUCUCGCUUUCGGUAUUGUCUUCUUUAUGCUGUAACCUCAAUGCAUGUCCAUGCCCAGGCUCUUCUGUCUAGUAUCGAAAGUUUGCGCAAAAAAAUCUUUUCUUGCUGAAAUUAAGAAUGUACUUCGGACAAAUGAACAUUUCGGCGGUGAUGAGCAGAGUACAGUACACAAGUGCUGGUCUUCGUGGGAGGGUCUAUACAUUUCCAGUCGACUCUUGGAUACGGAUGCGGGGACCUCGGCCACAAACAUGAAGAAGUGUGCAUCCGAAUUUAUAUUUGACAAAUAUAUUAUCUCGAUCUUCAUUAGGCAGAUGGCCCAGGGUGUGAGCUGAAAUUUACGUUCAACGCAAACCACAGACAAAGACCGGCAUCCUGACCUGGAUUUGCAACGAUGGCCAGUCAUAUCGUUGCAAGUAAUCCAACGAUCGACUUGUGUGGUGGACAGAUCGGAACUGGUUGUCCCCCUUGUUUUGUCGAAAAGUGCCCUAACUUCAUUAAUCCUAGGCUUUUGAAGCAAUCUGUUCAAGGUCAACCGACAGCUCGUGUGAGCCACUUUUGCCUUCACGAGUUGUUCACAGCCCACAUCUUGCAUCCAGAAGAAUUUUUACCUCUUGCCAUUUCCUCUACAGUGGCGAGGAACAGCGAGGAAGAUAGAUUUUCUUUACUGUCGACUUCAUACUGGAAGUCACGUGCAGCUGCUGAUCGUUGGACACGCUAAAAUAGAAACCUGCGGCUAAAUCGGCCGUCCGCUCAUUAAACUAGCUGCUCACUAUCUUCCGGCCGCUCUUUUUGAUUUGAGAUUCGAGUCCACAUGAUCGUUGACAAUUUGGAGGGAGGGCAUGGCUUCUGGCGCUGUCCACGGUGGUUUCAUCGGUUUUCUUUGUCACUGGCUAUUCGUAUCGUGAUCGCUUGGAUGCGAUUCCUAAAUGCUUCUCUCAUUUAAAGCUCAAUGACCAG